CCCGCCGAGGCUCCCUUGCUUGGGGGGGGGACGCCCCCUGCAAGCCUUCCCUUCCCCCUCCAGCGGCAUUGCACGGCGAGUCCCAUCCUCCCCAGCCGGCGGGGAACGAUGGGAGUUGCAAUCCAAGCUAGCCGCAGAGAGGGACUCUGCUGGGGAGGAUAGGAGGCGGAUCCCUCCCGGGGCGGCUGCUGCAGAACCGGCGGCCGCGCUCCGCCCGCGAGAGGCGGGCAGUGUCUCCGUCCCGCCCCGGGAGCAGCAGCUGCGGGCGAUGGCGGAGGCGGCUGCAACCGGGCGGGCGCCCGGCUUCUUCCAGCGGCUGCCCAAAGUGGAGCUUCACGCACACUUAAACGGCUCCAUCAGCGAUGCCACCAUGAAGAAGCUGAUGGCGCAGAAACCCGACCUUGGGAUUCAAAAGGAAAUGGUCGUGAUUGACAAGGGGACGAAAAGGACUCUGGAAGAAUGUUUCCAGAUGUUCCAGUUCAUACACCAGAUGACCAGCAGACCUGAAGAUAUAUUAAUGGUAACCAAAGAUGUUAUUCGGGAAUUUGCUGCAGAUGGAGUCAAAUACCUCGAAUUAAGGAGCACUCCUAGAGAGGAGAAAAGCACAGGGAUGACCAAACGAACAUACUUGGAAGCUGUCCUUGAGGGCAUCAAGCAAUGUAAGGAAGAGGGAUUGGAUAUCGAUGUAAGAUUUCUCGUAUCAGUGGACAGAAGCAAGGGGGCAGCUGCUGCCAAGGAAACGGUGAAGUUGGCAGAAGAUUUUUUGCUCUCCACCGAUGGCCUGGUCCUCGGUCUGGACUUCAGUGGGAACCCAAAAGCAGGACGUGGCCAGGACUUCUUGGAGCCACUUCUAGGAGCCAAGAAAGCUGGUUUGAAGCUGACGUUGCAUCUUUCAGAGAUUCCAAAGCAGGAGGACGAAUCUCGGCUGCUUCUGGGUCUUUUCCCGGACCGAAUUGGGCACGGGACAUUUCUUCAAACAUCAGAAUUGGCCACACAGGACCUGGUGGAGCUCGUGAGGCGAAACAGGACACCUCUAGAACUCUGUCUGACGUCCAACCUGAAAGCCGAGACCGUGCCCUCCAAGGCUGAACACCAUUUCGGAUUCUGGUAUCGCCUGGGUCAUCCUGUGGUCCUUUGUACGGAUGAUAAGGGCGUUUUUGCCACCGAGUUGUCUCGGGAGUACCAGAUGGUGGCCGAGACCUUCCAGUUGUCUGACGAGCAAACCUGGGCGCUCUCCUCCCACGCCAUUGACCACAUCUUUGCGUCCAGCCAGACCAAGAUGAAGCUGAAGGAGCAGUGGCGGGCGCUGAAGCCAGCCCUGCUGGAGGAACUUUGCCGAGAAGCCCAGGACGCCGGUGGGAGGGUUUGUUGAGGGCUUGUCGGAUGAGUUUUCGGUUGGGUUUGUCAGUUGGAUAGACACAGGUGGUCCUCAACUUAACAACCCUUCAUUUAGUGACCGUUCCAAGUUAACAACGGCCCUGGGAAAAGUACAAGUAGUCCUCAAGUUAAACGACCAUUGUGCCCAAAAUCUGUGUGGCUAAGUGAGGUGUGUGCUGAGUUUUGCCCCGUUUUACAACCUUUCUGGCCAGUUGUUAAGUGAAUCUGGCUUCCCUCCAUUGACUUUGCUUGUCAGAAGAUUGCCAAAGCGGAUCGCAUGCCCUGAGGACACGGCGACCGUCAUAAAUAUGAGCCAGUUGCCAAACAUCCAAAUUUUGAUCACGUGACGGGUUGGGGAAUGCUGCAACGGUCGUAAGUGUGAAAAAAGGUCGCAGGUCACUUUUUUCAGUACCGUUGUAACUUUGAACAGUUCUAAGUCGAGGACGAUCUGUACUUAAGACCGUUCCUCACACUUACGACCGUCACAGCAUUCCCCACGGUCAUAUGAUCCAAAUUUGGGUGCUUGGCCCAAAUAUCACCUUGGUUUCCUCUCUUAUUCUCCGGGGCAAAGAAGACCGGUUGAAGAAGGCUCAUGGCUGUCUUAAACCUUAAGACGGGGCGGGUCUCAGUGGAAGCCUCUCUUUCCAGGGCACUAAGACAGACCACAAUCUCCCUAAAAUGAGAUUUUAACACGCACACGCACACACCGCCAGGAAGCUUGAUCCACUUCCAUGCUUUAUAUCUGAGCAGCAACUGGAUUCCGAAGGAAAGCUGGACAGACGGAUCCUUAACGGUCCCCAAUUCUGAAUGUCCCCCCCCAGACUUUUGCCUCCCCCCCCAGCCAAUUCCCCUGCCUCGCCCCCUCCAAUGUUUCCUAAGAGAAAAGCUGGAAUCCGUUUCUCCCAGCCAGCUGUUCUAACCUGGGAAGUGGCAAAUUUAAUAAAGUCUCAAAAGGUUACAGGUGAUUCCGGGGAUUUUCCCGUCUGUCUUUUUCUUUUUUCCUUCCUUCCUUCCUUCCUUCCUUCCUUCCUUCCUUCCUUCCUUCCUUCCUUCCUUCCUUCCUUCCUUCCUUCUUCGCUUUUUAGGAAGUCCAGAGCCAGAGACGGUCACACACUGCAAAGGGCAGAGAAAAUUACAUAGCAGGUGAGGGCCGGGAUGCUAGAGUAGGUGGAAUGUAGAGGUAGUCCUCAUGACCAUAAUAAUUGGGACCGGAACUGCUGCUGCUAAGCAAUGUGAUCAAGUGAGUCAUUAUAUGAACCAUGCCCAAUUUUAUGAGCUUUUUUCGCCACUGUCCUUAAAUGAAUCAUAUGGUCAUUAAAUGAAAUUGGCCUCCCCCGUUGAUUUUGCUUGUCUCAGCCACCUGGGAAGGUGGCAGAGGGUGAUCACGUGAGCUGGGCUGCUACAAUUCUUGCCAUCAAAUUGCAAUCAUGGGAUGGAUGCUGGGAUGGUCGUAAGUGUGAGGACCAGUCCCUUUUUUAGCCCCGUUGUAAUUUUGAACAGUGACUAAAUGAACCAUCGUAAGCUGAGGACUUCUUGUAUCCCCAAAUGCCGGGAUUCCUACAAAAUAAGACCUGGUUUCCUAACAGCAACGAGGAAAUAUGAUGAUUAUCAUAUUUAUGACUCUGAACGGUUCGUGAUAAGGCUGCUCUGCUGAUUUUCCUCUUCCCCAAUGAUAUUUUUGGGGGAAGGAGGUGUAACAAAAAUGUGUCCAAUUGGGUAGGUAGGCAAUAUGUAGAUUCAUCCAAAGCUGAAGCUAAACUAGAUCUGCCUUUCUGGAUGCCUAACCAUGGUUCAGUUAACCCUGGGUAUAUUUUGCAAGCCAUCUUUGAGCAGGGUGGUCAGCCUAAUCCUAAACAUUGGCAGAAACAGGAAAAGCAAGGCAUAAAUUUAUCAGUUAAUAAAAAUAUGAAAGAUGAGAAAACAGCUGGGCUUAUACCUGGUCCAUAGCCAUAAAAUGAACUCAGGUUGGGUUCACACCGCAAGUGAAGCUAGCUAUGGUGGUUUAGAGUAGGGAUCCCCAAGAUUGGCAACUUUAAGACUUGUGAACUUUAGGAAUUCUGGGAGUUGAAGCCCACAAGUGGCUGGCUGAGGAAUUCUGGGAGUUGAAGUCCACAAGUCUUAAAGGUGCCAAGUUUGGAGACUUGGAGCUUAGAUCUUAGCCAUGACUGGGCUCUUUUCAUCAAGCUGCGAUGAAGCCAAGGUUUAUCAGAAGGUGCGUUUCCACCCAUGAGUGAUGAAGGACCUGCCUGAAGGACCCACAACAUACAGAAGGCAGAGAGGAAGAAGAGCUAUCACUGACCAAAUGGUUUCCCGGCCGCUCUCCAAGGCUUGAUGUAGUUGACAACGUUGACGUAAUUAAUCCACUUUUGUUCCCAAGCAGGGCCAGGUCCUGAAAGGGAGAAUCCAAAACUUCUACGGAUCCACGUGGGGAACAUACUGCUAGUCCUCACUUUACGACCAUAAUGGAUCCUGCACAUUACAACCUCCCAUCAUGGUUUUACCUGUCUCCUGAGUCUUAUCAAGGAUCAUUGCUCCCCGUUGUUUAAUUGCUUCUCUCAUGUAACCGUAGUUGUCUACAAUCUCAAGGAGAAGAAAAUAAAUUAAACUCCCUUGU